UUCCCUGCAGCAGAGGCGGCGGCGGCGGCGGCGGCAGCAGCAGCAGCUUCACGGAGGGCAGCGGCGGCGGCAGCAAUGCUCAGUCUCCGCUGGAGGUGACCGCCUCCGAGCCCUGCUAGGUGGCUGGCUGCGCCCGGACGCCGGCGAGGAGAAAAACCGAGCCUCGUCCUCCUACCCUGCGGCCACACAGCCCGACCCUUUCUCUGCGCCAUGGCUUAAGCCGGCACUCACCUCUCCUCGCGUCGCCUCGCUCGGCCGGGGUCGGCGCGCCGCCGCAGCCUCAGGGAGGGGCGCAUCCCAGACGCCCUCGCUGGGGACUCGGGGAAGCGGUGCUUCUCGCCCUUCGGCGCCCGCAGCCGACUGCUCUCCCGAGACCUUUGCAGGAGGCUCCCAGAGGCGUUCGCAGCCAGUAAUCGAGGGACUUCCCACACUAUCUCAGCAAUAGCUUUGCUGGCCCGACCUUGGAAAUCGGGCUUUCUCCCCUGUUGCUUUCUACGGGAGGAGCUCCAGGUAGCUCAGGCUGAGCAGGAGAAAAACGGUGGCAACCAGACUGGCUGGUUGGGGGCCAGAGGGCUGAAGGAAGAGUAGAGACUUGUUUUAGAACCGCAGAAAGAAAGAGGAGAGCCAGCUUUUGCAGGCGGCAUCAUGGCGUGGCCGUGCAUCACCCGGGCCUGCUGCAUCGCCCGCUUCUGGAACCAGUUGGACAAGGCGGACAUCGCCGUGCCGCUGGUUUUCACCAAGUACUCGGAGGCCACCGAGCACCCAGGCGCCCCGCCGCAGCCACCGCCGCCUCAACAACAGCAGGCGCAGCCGACACUCGCUCCCCCCUCGGCGCGCGCGGUCGCCAUAGAGACUCAGCCGGCCCAGGGCGAGUUGGAUGCAGUUGCCCGGGCAACAGGGCAGGCCCCGGGGCCCGGCGGUGACCGCGAGGCGGCGGCGGCCCCGGGCCGCAGCGGCCAGGGCCCGGGCUCCUCCUCCAGCGCAGGCCCGGCGGACUCGGUGAUGCGCCAGGACUACCGCGCCUGGAAGGUGCAGCGGCCCGAGCCGAGCUGCCGACCGCGCAGCGAGUACCAGCCGUCCGACGCGCCCUUCGAGCGCGAGACCCAGUACCAGAAGGACUUCCGCGCCUGGCCGCUGCCGCGCCGCGGUGACCACCCGUGGAUCCCCAAGCCGGUGCAGAUCUCUACGUAUCCCCAGGCCCCAGAGCCCAUCCUCGGGGCGCCCAAGCGCCGGCCGAAGAGCCAGGAGCGCUGGCCGGUGCAGGCCACCGAUGAGGCUCCAGAGCAGGAGACGGCUCCUGGCGGAGCGGGCGUCCUUGCGGCCGGAAAGGCAUCUGGUGGGGACGAGCGCGACGCACGAAGGAAGGUCGGGCCCUCCUGGAUGCUGCGUCGGGCCGAGGGGCUGGGGCUUGAGCAGACACCGCUGCCAACGGCCCAGGUCCAGGUGGCGGGCCCGGAGGGUGGCAAGGGGCGUGCGGCGGCGGACGCCCUCAACAGGCAAAUCCGCGAGGAGGUGGCGAGUGCGGUGAGCAGCUCCUACAGGAAUGAAUUCAGAGCAUGGACAGAUAUCAAGCCCGUGAAACCAAUAAAAGCCAAGCCCCAGUACAAGCCCCCAGAUGAUAAGAUGGUUCAUGAGACCAGCUACAGUGCCCAGUUCAAAGGGGAGGCCAAUAAGCCCACACCGGCCGAUAUUAAGGUCAUUGAUCGCAGAAGAAUACGCAGCCUCUACAGCGAACCUUUUAAGGAAUCCCCAAAGGUAGAGAAACCUAGUGUUCAGAGUUCCAAACCAAAAAAGACCUCAGCGAGCCAUAAGCCCCCGAGGAAGGCCAAAGACAAGCAGGUGGUAUCGGGCCGGUCCGCCAAGAAAAAGAGCGCGGAAGGUCCCAGUGCCGCCAAACCGGAAGACAAGGAGCAAAGUAAAGAGAUGAACAAUAAACUGGCUGAGGCUAAAGAGAGUCUGGAUCAACCUGCCGGUGAUUCACAGGAGAAUCGAGGUCCUAUAGCCCCAGAGCCAGACAAGGAUCAAGGACUCAUAGUUCCAGGGCCUCUGAAAGGUCAAGGUCCUGUGAUCCCAGAGCCUACGAAAGAUCAAGGUUCCACAGACCCAGGACCUCCAAAGGAUCAAGGUCCUAUGGUCCCAGAGCCUCUGAAGGAUCAAGGUCCCGUGGUCCCAGAGCCUCUGAAAGAUCAAGGUCCCGUGGUCCCAGAGCCUCUGAAGGAUCAAGGUCCCGUGGUCCCAGAGCCUCUGAAGGAUCAAGGUCCCGUGGUCCCAGAGCCUCUGAAAGAUCAAGGUCCUGUGGUCCCAGAGCUGCUAAAGGAUCAAGGUCCUGUGGUCCCAACACAAGUCAAGGAUCAAGAUUGUGUGGUGCCUGAGCCUUUAAAGAAUGAAGGUCCCAUGAUCUCAGCGCCAGUCAAGGACCACAGUCCCAUGGUCCCCAUUUCUCUAAAGAAUCAAAGUCCAAUGAUCCCAGAAAGAGUCCAGAAGCAAGGUUCUAUGGCACCUGAGCCCCUGAAGGACCAAAGCCCAGUGGUCCCUGAGUGUGAGAAGACUCAAGGUCCCUUGGCCCCAGCACCGGUCAAGGAUCAAGGCCCCAUGGUCCCAGAGUAUCUGAAGGAUCAAAGUCCCAUGCUCAUAGCACCUAUAGAGAAUCAAGGUCCUGUGGUCUCUGACCCUAUAAAGAAUCAAGGUUUAGUGGCUCCAGAGCAGCUGAAGGACCACGAUUCUGUGGUUGUGGCACCUGUAAAGAUUCAAGGUCCUGUGGGCCCUGACACUGUGAAGAAUCAAGGUCCCAUGAUCCCAGCCCUAGUCAAGGAUCAAGAUCCCACGGUUCCAGAGCCUCCAAAGAAUCAAGGCCCUGUGAUACCUGAGCCUGUGAAGGAUCAAGUUCCUAUAAUCCCGGGGCCUCUGAAAGAACAAGAUCCUCUAGUGCCAGCACCAGCAAAGGACCAAGGUCCUAUGGUCCCUGAAUGUCUGAAGACUCAAGGUCCCAGGGGCCUAGAGCUACCCACUGUCUCACCUCCACCCCCAGUCGUGAUCCCAACUGUCCCCCAUUCGGAAUAUAUUGAGGAUUCCCCUUGACACUCACCCCCCUGACAUGCCAAUGAAGGAACUAGCAGUGAAUGUGCUCCCCUCCCAGGGGCAGUAAAGACAUAUAUUUAAUCUGCAUGAAACACAUACCAUAUAGUCUUGCUGGAAUCUAAUAAAACUGGUCACCCUGGCUCAGCACUGUCUCUCUCUGGUUCUGUGUGUGUAUGUGUGUGUGUGUGUGCGCGUGCGUGCGUGCGUGCGUAUGUGUAUGUGUGCGUAGGGCUCUGCAUUCACCCAACUAGACCAGAGGAAUCUGAGAAAUCCCCAGCUCCUCUGAGUUGUCAGCAUGAGAUAGGAGUGGCAGGAGAUGCUAGGAUACUGAAGACAGGACCCCAUCAUCCAG